AUGGCUGAACCUAAAACAAUCGCUGAAUUGGACUUCAACGUUGUCCCGCGCACAUUCAAAGUCCCCACAUGGAAAACCCCCUCGCGCCGUAAUAAACCCGCGCGAACUGUCAUUGCCGACGAGCAACGCCGCUUGCAAGCACUGGCCACUGCGGAAACUGCUGCUGCCACUGCUGCUGCAGAAGCUGCUACAGAAGCUGCUGCUGCUAGUGAAUCAGAUGGUACUGCCACUGCUCCGUCAACAGCUCCAAAGUUCCAUGCAUCAUAUGCAGCUGUGGAUGCUCCACCUUCUGUACGUCCACGCAAGUGGUGGUGUGAUAUUACUGGCCUUGAGGGUCGGUACCGCUCGGUCCGUAACGGGCUGCGAUACCAUAAUGCAGAAAUUUAUGGGAUUGUUCAGGGAAUGGCGCCUGGUGUUGACCAGCAGUACUUGGAGUUGCGUAAUGCAAACGUUGUUCUCAAGUGA